AUGUGCGUCGAAACAAUCCAAACCUUCACAACCUGCCACUGCACCAUCCACCGCCACAACAUCUGCGAAUCCCACAUAUCCCUCACCCACCGCCAACUCACCACCACCCCCUGCCCCUCCCUUACCACCCGCUACGUACAAACCACCCCCACAACAUCCCUCACCCACGGCCCCCUCGGCUGCGCCUCUCCAACCCACUGUCCGGGCACCACGCAGGAACUCUACCAUUUCGACAACGGACAGGCGAAGAGAAAGGAGCGCAUCGUCGCGUUCGCGGAGCUGAGGGGUGUGGAUGAGCGGGCAAGAUGCUGGGAUGGGAGGUUGAGGGAGGGGUGGAGGCAUGGGUGUGGGAUGGGGCGUGGGUGGGAUGGGGGGAGGGAAGGGGGGAGUUGGAGGCAUUUGAGUGGUGUCGAUUUGCAGGUUGGCAAGAGGGCGGUAGCGAAGGAUGUGAAGGGCAAGAGGGAGGAGGAUGAGGAUGAGUAUGAUGAGGAAUGGUCUGAGUAUGGAAGAAAGGAGAACGUAAAGGUUCCGAAGAUCAAGGUUGAGGAGGUGGAUGAUGGUUCGGAACUUGCUAGAGUUUUGGAGGACGUUGAUAUGGAGUCUUAA